UCCAUUUGAGCGUUCAUGUGAAAUGGCAUACUUGUCUACCACUCUCCUUCAACUCUUCUCUGGAAGCACGUAGUCAUUUCUCAACAAAAAAAACUUGAGAUAUGUCCAGGGAGGAGAGCUCCGACAUGGUUGACCCAACCUUUUCCCGCCACGUGGCGGCGAUGCCUUUUCCGGGCCGAGGCCACAUCAACCCGAUGAUGAACCUCUGCAAGUUACUCUCUUCCAAAAACCCCCAACUCCUCAUCACCUUCGUCGUCACCGAAGAGUGGCUCGGGUUCAUCGGCUCCGACCCGAAACCCGACAACAUCCGCUUCGCGACAAUCCCAAACGUCAUCCCCGCCGAGCGCCUCAAAGCCGCCGACUUUCCCGCCUUUUAUGAAGCCGUCAUGACUAAAAUGGAAGACCCCUUUGACCAACUCCUUGACCGGCUCGAGCCGCCGGUGACCACCAUCAUAGCCGAUGUAGAAGUACUCUGGGGAGUUGGGGUUGGUAUCAAAAGGAAUAUUCCGGUGGCUCUGUUUUGGACUAUGUCUGCCAAAUUUCUUUCAAUGCUUCACCGUUUUAAUUUUUCAGAUUAUGGAGACCAGGAAUUGGAUCAAAUAGAAGAGCUUGGAGAAGUGUUUGAAGCAAAUGAUCCAAAGGUAAUGAAGCUUGCUCUGGAAUGCAUUAAAAUGGUUCCAAAAGCACAGUACCUUCUAUUCACUUCAGUGUUUGAGCUUGAACCCAAAAUCUUUAACUCUUUGCAAGCUGAAUUAGCUUUCCCUGUGUACCCAAUUGGUCCUGCCAUACCUUAUUUAGAGCUAGAAUAUGAUUCAAGUAGUGACAAUGGCCUUGACUAUCUAAAAUGGCUAGAUUCCCAACCAAAAGGCUCUGUCUUGUACAUUUCACUGGGGAGUUUUCUUUCGGUUUCGAGUGCCCAAAUGGAUGACAUUGCUGCCGGGUUGCGAGAUAGUGGGAUUCGGUUCAUUUGGGUUGCGAGGGGAGAGAGUUCUAGGUUGAAAGAGAGCUGUGGUGAUAUGGGGUUGGUGGUGCCAUGGUGUGAGCAAUUGAAGGUUUUGUCUCAUUCUUCUGUUGGGGGGUUUUGGACUCAUUGUGGGUGGAACUCAACUCUUGAAGCUGUUUUUGGUGGUGUUCCAAUGCUUACUUUCCCUCUGUUCUUGGAUCAAGUGCCCAACAGUAGGCAAAUUGUUGAAGACUGGAGGAUUGGAAAGAGGGUUAGAGAGGUACAAGGCGAUGAGAGUUUGUUGACAAGGGACAAAGUUGCGGAGCUGGUCCAGAGAUUUAUGGACCUUGAAAGCGGCGAUGGAAAGGAAAUGAGGAAGAAAGCGAAAGAACUCGGGGAUUUGUGUCACCAAGCGAUUGCGGAAGGUGGUUCAUCUGAUAAGAACCUUGAUGGUUUGAUCAGGGAUAUAACCAAAGCUGCAGCCAUCAAGAGGACUGAUGUUCCUAUUUAGCAAGUUACCGCUUCCUUAUUAUUUACUUGUGCACCAUAGUGUAUAUACAUGGCCUUGGUGGCCUUGGAGUGUUCAAAAUGAAAAUCAGCCUUCAUGUUUUUGAUGAUGUAUGUAGUCCUUUUUGCUUUGGAAUCUAAAUAACUGCUUCAAUUAAUGCUCUUUUGGCUA